GCUUGUGCUGCUGCCUGCCACUGCCUGCCCCCACCACCUCGCGCGAAUUUUAUACUAUACUCCGUUCUCUGAUAACCGUUUGUGCAUAAAAUCGGUUUCGCAUAUAGGUUUCGUUGUUCGUUCGUUCGUUCGUUGUUUUUUGGCGCGAGUCUAUAUACCUUCGAUAUCCGAGUCGAUGCACAGUGAGAUCGUUUACCCACGGUGUGUUUGUCGAGAUGACGCGGAUUUUCACGACGACGCUGCCGAUUCGGUGUAAAAUUUACCGAUGUCAGUAAAAAUAAGAGUAAAAAGUGUGAAUUUGCCAAAGUGCUUCAUAGUGACAGAGCUACAAUAAUAUAUAGCUCUUUAUAAUAUUGUAUUGUUGUUUUGAAUUCGUUCGACGAAGAAAAGUGUCAGUGUCGCACGCGUUUUUGUGCUCAAGCGAUCGUUCGAUCGUUUUUUAAUUCGAAAUACAUAUAGCUGCAGUUUGGCUACCGCAGUUCUCUGCAUCCGCACUCGGCUACCUACGGAAUUAUACAGCUCGGUGUGUAACAUAUAGGUGUGUUAUAGUGUGGUGUUACAUGCUCGACCGGAGCUGGAGAAGAAGGAGGAUAGUACAGCGGAGAGAGAAGGUCCGAUCUUGCCUGUGCAGUGUGCGCGUGCACCUUUAAUAACGGAAUGGUCAUCGAUGUCAACUAAGAAACAACGCUGCUAACCCGAGGAACAGCAUUAACAUCAUGGCUUCGAAAUCGCUUCAGGACACUAUAUCAAAGGCUCACCGAAGGAUGUGGCUGGUGACGUGCUUCUUCCUGCUGGCCUGCCUCUCGACCUCGAUCUGCGUCGGCGAGGCGGCCUUCUGCCCGAACGGCUGCAACUGCGACGACAACACCCUCGUGGCGUCCUGCAUCAGCGCCAAGCUCGACGUCAUACCCAUCGCCCUGAAUCCGAGCAUACAGCGCGUCGUGCUGCGCGACAAUCAGAUACGCACCGUGGACGCCGCCGCGUUCCAGUUCUACGGCGAUCUCAAGAACGUCGAUCUGUCCUACAAUCAGCUGGUGGCGGUGCCCGAGCGCACCUUCGAGGCCCAGAAGCUCCUCAUGGAGCUGCAUCUCAAGCGCAAUCGCAUCUCCACUCUGACGGAGAAGACCUUCCUGGGUCUCAGGUCGUUGGCGGUGCUGAAUCUGCGCAACAACUUUUUGGAGACGCUGACCAACGGACUGUUCGCCUCGCUCGACAAGCUCGAGGAGCUCGACCUCGGCCAGAAUCGCAUCUCCGUGGUCGAGCCCGGCGCUUUCCACAAGCUCGGCUCGCUGCGCGUCCUCUAUCUCGACGACAAUCAGCUCAAGGAGAUACCCUCGGCGGCGCUCAAGCCGCUCAAUGCCCUGGCCGAGCUGCACAUCGGACUGAACGCGUUCACGUCGCUGCCCGACGAGGCUUUCAGGGGCCUGGAGAAGCUCGUGGUGCUGGACAUCACCGCGGCGGGCCUCGACAACAUAAGCGCCGACGCGUUCCGCGGCCUCGAGGCUCUGAAGACCCUGCAGCUGAACGGCAACAAGCUGCGCGAGAUACCGACCAAGCAGCUGUCGAUACUGGCCAGACUGGAGGCGCUCUCGCUCGGCCAGAACGACUUCGCCGUGAUCAGGCAGGGCGCCUUCAAGGGCCUGACCAAUCUCAAGCGGCUCGAGAUCUCCGGCUCCAAACUGCUCACCACGGUGAAGCGCGGCGCCUUCGCCGACAACGGCAAUCUCGAGUAUCUCACGCUCAACAACAACAAGCGCCUAACUACCUUGGAAGAUGGCGCCCUCGAGGGACUGCCGAAUCUGCGCGAGCUCAUGCUGCGCGACAACAGCUUCGCCACGUUCUCCGAGUCGCUCGUAGCCUGGUCGGAGCUGCGUCGACUCGACCUCAGCGAGAAUCCCCUGGUGUGCGACUGCGGCAUGCUGUGGCUGUCGGAGGUGCUGGCGCCGCGCAACUCCUCGCCCGUCAUCUGCAGCGAGCCCAAGGACCUGCAGGGCAAGUCGCUGCGCGGCAUGCGACCCGAGGAUCUCGGCUGCGCCUUCUCGGAUCCGCGCAAGCAGGCCCUGCUGCUGACCCUGUGCGCCGCAAGCGUCGCCUUCACCGCCGGCGUCGCCUUCAUACUGUACUAUCGCUGCAAGCGCCGAGUGAGCGACGCCUUCAAGGACUACGAGUGGAAGAAUAGGGCGAUAUCGCGCAAGGAGCACGAGUACCAGAAGACCUUCUCCGAGGACGAGUACAUAGUCAGGGCGGCGCAUCCGCAUCAUCAGCCGCCGCCGCAUCAUCCGCUGCACAUGCAUCAUCAUCAGCAGCUCUCGGCCAUGCACCAGCAACAACUCCAGCAGCAGCAGCAGCAACAGCAGAUCUCCGCCGGUAUCAAACCGAUACCGGUGACGGAGCUAUAGCUAGAGCUUCGG